AGAACAAAGACCCAUUCCGGUAUUGGCGAGUCAUUUGUUAAAGUCUCAGAUGCUAAAAACUCGUUGAAAAAACGCGGCCGUUCAAUAUUCGUUUAAAACUGUAAUCUUUUUAUUACACAAUAUCCACAAAAUGAUCAUUCACAUUGUAAAAUUUGAAUGCAAAAGAUACACGAGACUGCUUAUACAACAAAUACAAUUAAAUUGAUAACUCAAAUAUCAUCAGCUUCUAGCGCUUCGCGGUCUUUCGAUCUGCGCGUCUAGGCUAUACCUUAGGUUGUUUCCCUCGCCGACUGACCUUGCGCGUCUGUUGUCAUCCUUUGACUCCUAGGUUUGUUCGUAAAGGCGUUACGGAAUGCUUGGGUUUCAACAAGUUCGUAAUUAGAAAAUGAAAGUUACGGUAACAACUCUGACCGAUUUCAUAUUCGUUUUGGACGUGUCCGAAGACCUGGAGCUAGAGAAUUUCAAAGCUUUUUGUGAGAUAGAGUCCGGGUUUCCGGCCUCCGAGGUGGUGAUAGCCUUCAAUGGAAGGCCCCUGAUGGACAACAAGAAGUCCCUGAAGGAGCAUGGGAUCAAAGAUGGGGACGCUGUGAUAUUGCAACACAUGCAGGGCUCGCAGACUAGCAUUGACCAACCCGGGGGCGCUGUGAAUUUCGACUUCAGCAAUGUAGCAAUUCCAAACAGCUUAAGAAACAGGACACCCGAUGAUGACCCCGUUUUGAUAAGAGAUAUGUUCCUAGCAAAUCCAGAUCAACUGGCACUGCUCAAACAGAAUAAUCCAAGACUGGCUGAUGCCUUGUUGAGUGGAAAUAUUGAGACGUUUUCCUCGGUGUUGCGCGAGCAAGUCCAAGCGCGCCAGGAGCGCGAAGCACAAAGACUGAGAAUGAUAAACGCGGAUCCGUUCGACACUGAAGCUCAACGAAUGAUCGCCGAGGAAAUCAGACAAAAGAACAUCGAGGCGAACAUGGAAGCGGCCAUGGAAUACAAUCCGGAAUCGUUUGGGACCGUGGUCAUGUUGUACAUCAACUGUAGGGUCAACGGGUAUCCCGUCAAGGCUUUUAUUGAUUCAGGCGCCCAAACGACGAUAAUGUCGAGCCGUUGCGCUGAACGCUGCAACAUCAUGCGUUUGGUCGACACGCGAUGGGCGGGCGUGGCCAAAGGCGUCGGCGUGCAGCGCAUCAUCGGGCGCAUUCACAUGGUGCAAAUCCAGAUAGAGAACGUCUACUUGACGACCAGCUUCUCGGUGCUGGAGGAACAGCCCAUGGAUAUGUUGCUGGGGCUGGAUAUGCUCAAAAGGCAUCAGUGCUGCAUUGACUUGCAUGCAAACGUGCUCAGGAUAGGAACUACUAGUACUGAAACCUCAUUCCUUUCCGAAAGUGAAUUGCCCGACUGCGCGAGGCUUAGCGGCGCAUCUGAAGAAGAUGUUAUGGCUAAAUCGAGGAAAGAAGCAGAGGAUAAGGACUUACAAAAGGCGCUACGAAACAGCAAACACGACAUGGGCAGCAGUAGCAGUAGACCAGGAUCGACGCCUCAGGCAGCCCCUGCUACCGUGUCAAAACCACCGUCAGAACCAGCAGCAAGUCUAAACGUGCUACCGGGCGACAAGUUCACGCAGGCGGAUAUCAACGAACUUGUCGCUAUCGGUUUCACGCAAGAUCAAGUGGUGUUCGAACUGAGACGGUUCAACGGCGACAAAACACAAGCUAUGGCCGCUCUUUUCGCGAAAUCGCUUACAUUUAACUAGCGCGUAGUCUAGCGACAAGUUCACCUGAACUUGUUGUGACGGAUUUUCCAAGUGGCAUUUGAAGUGUUUCGUUUGAACGGGGACAAAAAGCCACUGUCGCGUUUACCAAGGCAUAGCGGUACUGAACGACACUGACGGUAUUUCGGGGCCCGAAGAGGGACGUACAUUUAGGAAUCUAGUUUGAAAGUAGUUUAAGGGAUUAGUUCUGCUACUGUCGUAUAGAUGGCGAUGGAUCUUUGAUUCCUUUUUGUCGACUUUAAGAUCCGUUUCAAUUAGGUGUCUUCAAAUACCCACCACGUUCCAUCUGAGGAUAACCAGUUAAAUAUAGAAAAAUAUAGAUGUAUUCAUAAUUAAAAACGCUUCUUUUGUGUGGUAAACUAAGGAUAGCCUGACGCAGUUGCGAGUUUUUAUUUUUUUAUGCUUUAAAAAAUGGUGCCACCAGUUCAUUUGUGCGUACAAGUAAUCAUUGCAAAAACAGUAGCGCUAUGUACUGAUGAACGCGACUUAUGUAUUUUUUAAACGAACGAUGAGUCAUCCAAAAUUUGUUGGCAGAAUCGUUUCAAUGUGCUAGCUUCAGUUACAAUUUUUCGAUAAUGAUAAUGUCAGUGAAUUGUCCAUAUCCGCAAGGUCAAAUGUUUCAAUGGUUUCAAUCUAUGGUAAUACGGACGUUAUUUCGUGAACUGAGUCAGCGUUGGUAUUUGUUAUGAAAUUCGCAAUUUGCUCUAAACCUUAACUGCUUAUUGUUUCUUGUUAAACAUUAAUAUUCACACUUAGAGAUUAUAAAACAACAAACAAAUAUCACCUUGGCCAUGGCCUUCAGAUAUUGAAAAUAGCAAAUAUGUUCGCCAGCACGGUUGAGAGGUUUGAGGGGAUCACCGAAAGAUGACCUUCAAGGUCAAGGUGGAAAUUUCUAGAGGAAACCUCCCAUUUUUGUACUGGAAAUAUAAAAAGCUGGAAAUUUUACGUCCGAAUUUCGACAUCAAAUAACAUUUGACUUUGACACGACCUUGACUUUGAGGACAAGGUCACAUUCGGACGUAAAAUUUCCUGCUUUUUCCUCUUCCAGGGUAAAAAUAAGAGGUUUCCUUUGGGAAUUUCGACUUGAUCUUGAAGGUCAUGGUCAAGGUCACAUUUGAGUUAUCGCAACGGAAUUGAAGAGGAGGAAAUCUUACGCCCAAAUAACACCUUGGUCAUGGCCUAGAAGAUUCAAACAAGAUAUUGAAAGUAGCAGCACAGUUGAGAGGUUUGAGGGGAUCACCGAAAGAUGACCUUUAAGGUCAAGGUGGAAAUUUCUAUAGGAAACCUCCCAUUUUUGUACUGGAAAUAUGAUAAGCUGGAAAAUUUUUCGUCCGAAUGUGACCGUGACCCCAAACAACUCUUGACCUUGACUUUGAGAUCAAGGUCACAAACGGGCGUAAAAUUUCCCUUUUUCCUCUUCCAGUGUAAAAAUAAGAAGUUUUCAUAGGAAAUUUCGAAUUGACCUUGAAGGUCAUGGUCAAGGUGACAUUUGGGUGAUCGCAACGGAAUUGAAGAGGAGAGAAUCGUACUCCUAAAUAUCGCCUUGGUCAUGGCCUUCAAGAUUCAAUCAAGAUAUUGAAAACAGCAAAUAUGUGCCAGCACAGUUGUGAGAUUUAAGGGGAUCAUCCAAAGAUGACCUUCAAGGUCAAGGUGGAAAUUUCUUAAGGAAACCUCCCAUAUUUAUACGGGAAAUAUACAAAGCUGUAAAUUUUACGUCCGAAUGUGACCUUGACCUCAAACAACUCUUGUCCUUGACUUUGAGGUCAAGGUCACAAUCGGACGUAAUAUUUCCCUUUUAAAUUAUUAGAGGAAGCAUCCUAUUAUUAUACUGGAAAUAGAAAAAUUAGGAAUGUGUUUAAGGUCAACUCAAAUAACAUGUCCUUGACAAUGACCUUGAUUUUGAGGUAAAGGUCACAUUCGGACUUAAAAUUACCUGUUUUUUCUCUUUCAAUGUAAAAAUAAGAUCUUUCCUUUGAAAAUUGUGACUUGACCUUGAAGGUAUGGUCAAGGUCAUAUGUGGGUGACCCGCACAGCCACAACUGUGAUGUCACCUUUGCUAUUAUAUAGCAAUUAUACAUUGUUUACGUUGUCUUGAGUUGACCUUGAAGGUCAUGGCUACGGUGAUAUUCGGAAUUUUCAAUUGCGACGUGAAGAAAGGGGAUUAUAUUUAAAAGUAUCCAUUUGACCUUGAAAUAAUCUUGAACGCCCUGCAACUUUUGUUUGAAACUUUAUCGGUUGCACAGUUUUCGAAAUAUUUAUGUGGGGUUUUUAAAAUGGGACUCCUCUAUUCGUACAAAGAUUAUUUCACAUUUUUUUGUAAAUAUACUUUUAUAGGUAUGUUUUUAACGUAUCAAAUGUCAUGAUUGAACUCAAAAUACAAUGUACAGCUGGUUUCUACGAAUGGUAGUACGAAAUAGUAUAAUAAUUGGAUUGUAUUUAAUCAGCGUAUCUAUUUUCUCUUAAAAUAUUGAUUAUCAUUAAAUAUAUUCGGGUUAGUUAAAUUUUUUUAGGGUGGAUGACCUCACUUGGUGUGCUUAGUUUUGUGAAUUCUGACAAAAAAUAUUAUUAUAUUAUUUUUUCACACAAAAAUGGCAAAUAAGGAAUAGGCGAUGUUCUUUAAUCUUUAAAUGGAUCUUUUCUAACAGUGC